AUGCCCUGGCAGAAGACAUUCCGCUUGCCGUUCCACAAGAAGGGCAUGCACCUCGUCACCCGCGACGUCGUCCGCGAGUGCGAGGAGGGGCUCAAGGACGUCAAGAUCGGCAUCUUCACUCUUAACUGUCUGCACACGAGCGCCGGUCUGACGGUGAACGAAAACUGCGACCCCUCGGUCCGCACAGACAUGGACAUGGCUUUGGACCGUAUCGUCCCAGAGGACUUUCCGUGGGAGCACACCGACGAGGGACCCGAUGAUUCAGUGUCCCACCUCAAGACCUCGCUUGUGGGCAACAGCAUCACCCUCCCCAUCUCCAAUGGCAAGCUUGUCCUUGGCACAUGGCAGGGAAUCUACCUGGCCGAGUUUAGGUACUCGGGCAGCGGAUGGGGCGGUCGUGAAGAUGGGCGAAAGGUCGUUGCCACUAUCCUCCCAUGA